GGUUGUUAUAAAAACAUAUUUAUAGUUCAUUGAAUAAUUUUAUUUUAACACAUUUAUAAAAGCCAAGUUUGGUUUUUAAUUUUAACUCAAAAAAUUCAAAAUUCAAAAUUUCAUAUCACCGUAAGCAAGUAGCAGAAAAAGCACACCACAAUAUGCCGGUCACCGGAAAUAAUAUAUUCAUGUUGGAGGUGAUUGUAUACCGCUUGACUUUAACGGACCAGAUCCAAAUGCGCAAUACAUGUCCGGUGUGCGUGUGUUUCCAAUUCCCAGGUCUGGUUGAAUUGAUGGUAUGCGAGGGUGGCUUUUGCUCCGACGGCAGGGUUGGCGGUGGUGAAAUAGUGAUGACCAACGGCAAGUCAUGCUUGUUCGCGAUCAGCAACGCGGACCUUUGUCGGGUGGCUCGGGACUUUCGCGCACUCAUCAGCGUGAACAGGCGAGUAGUUGGUGAACAGCAAUUGCGAUAUGUCGCACAAACCCAUCUCGAGUUUGACCGGACGUUUACCGAUGUCAUACUGAACCCCAAUCAGGUUGAGAGGUUCCGGAAACUGAAACGGGUCUUGCCAUUGUACGAUAAUGGCCGUCCGAAUCCUGUGGGCAGCAUAGAACUCUUCGUUCGUUUGACUUCACAAGGUGAUUUAGUGGUAACUCAUUUCAAUCGUGCUCCGGAUAGCAAUAACUAUCAGUAUAAAUCGGUUCCUGUUGAAAUGUCCACGAUAAAUUAUUCCGAAAGAAAACCUCACGACUCAAAGAGAAUAUGCAAACACAAAACUUCGUGCAAAAAUAAACGACCUAAGUGCAGACAAGGUAAUCACUGUGGAGAACCACGGCGAGGCCCAAAGGUUCCGGAAACAGAAACAACUUUGAUUUGCGAAAAAGAAAUGAGACAAGCAAACUGUGUGUUGACGAUGUUAGAAAAAUUAAAAACUUUGUACAAUGAGAUGGAAACAACUCCGCUCAUGAACAGUAGCGAGUUUGAUACCGAAAAAACGGACCGGGGAAAACCGUGCAUGUUUGAUCUAAAUUGUCCAGCCGCUCGUUGUCCGUUUAGGGAAAGCAAAAAGGCAAACGAGUUCGUCGGUCAUCUGGUUAAUGGCACCUAUCCCGAAAACGAACAGUCUCCCAAUAAUUUGUUGGAAAACCGUGAAAUCGUAGACGACGCGGAUUUGUUCGUUAUAAACGUAGGUCUGGUAGACCCAUGCAGGGUGAUCGCACCACUAAAGUACAAAGACGGCUGUUCGCAGUGUUUUGAAACGGACUUUUAAACAAAAUAUCACUUCUAUCAUGUCCUGUUUUGUGGUUAAUUGUUUCAAAAAAGUGUGAACAGUCGUUUUUGUACUUCGCUGGUGCGAUCACCCGACACGGAUCCACCAGAACCACGUUUAUGACGAACAAAUUCACGUCAUCUACAAUUUCACGGUUGUCCGACAAGUUAUUGGGAGACUGUUCGUUCUCAGGACGGGUGUCAUUUACUAGGUGGCCGACGAACUCGUUUGCCUCUUGGCUUUCCCUAAACGGACAACGAGCGGCUUGACCAUUCAGAUCAAACGUGCGCCUUUGAGCCUCUUCGCGGUUCACAGUGAUUACCUGAUCUGGACUUGGGCCGUUUAUUUCUACACGAAAUUUUUUGCUUGAAUAUUUUCUUUGGGACGUGAGGUCUUUGGAACAAUUUAUCGUCGACAUUUCAACAGGAACAAAUUUGUACUCAUAGUUAUUGCUAACCGGAGCACGAUUGAAAUGAGCCACCACUAAAUCACCUUGUGUUGUCAAAAAGACAAAGAGUUCUGUGCUGUUCACAGAAUUUGUAUAAUGUUUCUGGAACCUUUUAACCUGAUUGUGGUUCAAUAUUAAACCGGUGUACAUCUGGUCGAAUUCGGGAUGCAUCUGUACGACUUACCGCAAUUGAAGAUUCAUCAAUCUCUCGCCUGUUCUCGAUGAUAACCGCGUAUAAGUCGCGGUCUUUCCGACAGAGUUCCGCGGUGUUGAUAACGAACAUGCAUAGCUUGUUAUUGGUCAUCAAUGUUAUGAUCACACCAUCCUUGCAAAAGCCUCUAUCGUAUACAAUCAACUCCACCAGCUCCAGAAAACCGGAAACACACUCGCCGGACAAAAGCAUUGUGCAUUUGGAUUUGGUCCGUUAACGUCAUGCGAGAAACGAAAAUCUCCAACAUGAUUAUAGUACCUAUUUCCGGUAAGCGGCAUAUUGUGGUAUGCUGCUGUUAACGUCGAACGUUUGUGUAAAAAUUUUCUGUUUUUAGUGUUAAUACAGAUAUUUUACUAAGAAAAA